AUGUCCAAAUUAAUUGUCGUGACCGGUAUCACCGGCGUUCAGGGGGGCUCCGUAGCCAGAACCUAUCUAAACACACCUGGAUGGAAAGUACGUGGUGUUACCCGCAAUAAGUCCUCUGAACGUGCCAAGUUCUGGGCUUCCAAUGGAGUAGAAAUGGUGGAAGCAAACCUCGACGACAUCUCUUCGCUCAAGUCCGCUUUUCAAGGAGCCAACAUCAUUUUCGGCGUUACUGACUUCUGGACAAUUUUCAAAGACCCGGAAAGUAUGACGAAGAAGAAACCCAGCCAAGAUAUAACUGAAUAUUGCUUCGAAGUUGAGCUUCAACAGGGGAAAAAUCUUGCAGAUAGUGCGGCCAGUAUCCCGGCCUUGGAACGAUACAUAUUCAGCUCAAUGGCAAAUGCGAUAAAGUCCAGUUACGGGAAGUACCGUCAACUAUAUCAUAUGGAUUCAAAAGCUUUUGCUGCAGAUUAUGCGAAGAGUCUCCCUGGUCUGAAUGGGAAGUUCUCUCAAAUUCAGGCUCCGAUAUAUUUCAAUUUAACAUUAUUAACUGACUUGAUGAAGAAUACGGAUGGAACCUACCGCAUCAAGGGCAUCGGGAGUGGCGAUGCCCCCAUCCCGUUCGGACAUGUUGCUAAAGACUUUGGCCCCUGUGUACGAGCGGUAGCAAACGCGGAACCAGGCAUAAACCUUUUUGCCGUUGGUGAAGAACUCUCGUGGAACCGAUACCUUGAUACAUGGUGUGGAUCCCAAGGCGUCUUGAAAGGCGGAUACGACGAGCAGUCUCUGGACUGGUGGAUGGAAAAGCUUCCCGGUCUUGGGAGGGAGUUUGGAGAGAAUGUUCUUUUUAGUACGGAAUUUGGGUACGCUGGAAAUGACCCCAGUGUCAUUCGUCCUUCUCAGCUUGGAGUGAAGAUGACUACCUUUAGAGAGUAUUGUGCCGAGACUGACUUCUCUCGUAUACUCUAG